CCCAUUUGAGCAUGUUUAGUUGUAUUUUCACUGCUGUUGCCAUUCUCUGCCUUUCUGAGCAACCACUCAAAUCGGAUCAAUUUCAGGAGCAAAUUUGGACCUCAGCAGCUUUUAACCUUACUGAGGGAACCGACACCGUCGAUCUCUUGCUACGCCCAUUCCUUAACUCAGCAAUCCAACAAAGAUUGUAGUGUCCCCCCGGAUUUCUACUCCAUACGUCUCCAAGACAUAAAAAAACUAUGGAAAGAGCGGAUCUUAUUCAAAAGGCCAAGCUCGCCGAGCAGGCUGAGCGUUACGACGACAUGGCACAAUGGAUGAAGAAGGUUACGGAGCAGGGAGAAGAGCUGUCAAACGAAGAGAGGAACCUGCUCUCCGUCGCCUACAAAAACGUGGUCGGGGCGAGGCGCUCCGCAUGGAGGGUGUUGUCCAGUAUAGAAACUAAGAGCGAGGAAAGUGAGAAUAAACAGAAGAUGGUCAAGGAAUAUCGGGGGAAGGUGGAAAGCGAGUUACAAGAUAUCUGCAACGACGUCCUGAAACUGCUGGAUGAGUAUUUAAUUGAAAAAUCCAAAACUUCCGACAGCCAAGUCUUCUAUCUUAAGAUGAAGGGGGACUACUUUAGAUACCUCGCCGAAGUUGCCGGGGAUGACAAAAAGAAGACCAUUGCAGACUCACAGGAGGCGUACCUGAAGGCGUUUGAAACCAGUAAGAUUGAAAUGCAGCCCACACAUCCCAUCCGCUUGGGCCUGGCGCUGAACUUCUCCGUCUUCUACUACGAGAUCCUGGGCUCUCCAAAGAAAGCCUGUGAAUUGGCUAAAACGGCAUUCGAUGAAGCCAUUGCUGAUCUUGAUAAGCUAAAUGAGGAGUCCUACAAAGACAGCACUCUGAUCAUGCAGCUCCUCAGGGACAACCUGACAUUAUGGACAUCAGAUGCUGCUAGCCAGGACGAGUGCGAGGCUGAGGGACAACAAGAGGCUGAAAAUGAAAACUAAAAACCGCCAACCCUCGAUGUUUGGGUCAUCUCUAAAAACAACAAAAGGAAGAAAAAAAAAAAACUUUUUACACAUCCUUCAUUCCUUAUUGCUCCACUCAAACAUUCUACCAAUGAAACUGAUUGCUGAAAAGAGUCAUGUAAGGAAAUAAUAAUGAAUAAAUAAUUCUUUUCAUAAUGUAGAUUUUGGCAACUGGUGAAAAGAGAAACCCUCCAUUCCUUUGGUUUAUGUUUGUCAUGGCCUUCCCCAUUUGUGCAGUUUCAGCCGUAGAAAAGUGAUCCAUAGCUUGACAUGGUAUCAAACCCUUAGCUCAUUUUAGCGGCAGGAAAAACUAAAGUCCCAUCAUUGAACAACUGGAUGCUUUAUCAAAUCAUUUGAGACCGUUUGGAUUUGUUCCCAAUAAUUAAUGUUCAAUAUAAAAACUAGUUUCUCCCAUACCCUUUUUAAAGUGUGUCUGUCUCUACACAAUUACGUGGUACGGUUACAGCAGCUGAACCUUAAACUGAUUACAUUUGAAUAUUGCAGGGAAAGCUAGUGCACUUUACAUGCUGGCAUUAAAUAGUAUAAAACGGCCAAAUAGUGCUAAUUGGUUAGAUCCUCACUUUCUGCCCUGGUUAUGAUGCCACUCUUUCACUGAAGCAUGCCUGUUGUUUUUUGGGGGGGAGGGAAUUGUGUGGCUUGUCUGAACAAAUGCUGGGACCUUUUUAAUGGGAAGAAGACAAUUCUGUAAUGCAUGUCUCUGGAGAUAUUACACUGGAAUGGGAACAAAUGCUGUAACACACAUGUCAAAGUCUCAAGUUAAGUCAUUUUAAAUGCAGGUUUGUACACAUCCUUUAAGUGGGUGAUUUAAGUCUGUCCAGUGAUUGUCAUUAGAGAUUUGGGCCACUAUUGUUUUACUAUUCAUUCAAUUGUAGUCCCCUAAAGCCUUGUGGAACUGUUCCAAUCCCUAUGUAUCAGCUAUGUUAACAUAAAUAAAACAUUUUAUAAACCAA